AUGGGCGUGGUUAAGCAGGUAGCUUCCAAAAAGUUGCCCAAGUCCGCAGGCAGGGAAGCCGUGGCAGCACCCAGCGGAGGACACUGCUGUCCCUGGCGCGGACACCGGGCUGAACAGCAGAGCGAUCCCCAGGGGCGUCGUGUGUGCGCCAAGCAGGGACCGACCGCAGGCUCGGGGGGCCGCUCGGCCGCCAGAGACAAGGACACGCCUCAGCUCGGGCCAACUCCCGGCCUCCACUGGCCUCCCGCCAGAGCCGCCCCGCCACCUUUCUUCCUCCGCCCGCCACCGAGCGCCCCGGACGGGCCUCAAAUCGCCCGCGCCCCCGCGCGCGUGGCCCCUCGGCCCUCGGAGCUGGCGGCUCGACCAGACCGGACCGAUGUGGCGCAUGCGUGCCACCUGGAGGCCGUGCGCGCGCGCGACGAGCGGGACCGGCAGAACGCGCGGCUGCGCGAAGAGAACGCCCGCCUGCGCCUGGAGAACCGGCGGCUGAAGCGCGAGAACCGCAGCCUCUUCCGCCAGGCUCUGCGGCUGCCGCCCGGCGACAACAACGCCGACGAACGCGACGCCACCCUCGGAGGCCCGGACGAGCCCGCCACCCACCGCAAGGCGAGAGGCGGAGGCCCCGACGACGAGCCGGGCAGCCCCCGGGCGCUGCGAGCCCGGUUAGAGAAGCUGGAGGUCAUGUACCGCCGGGCCCUGCUGCAGCUGCGCCUGGAACAGCAGGGCGCGCGCCCGCCACAAGACGGCGGCGAGCGGCCGCUCAGAGAAGCCGCCGCCGGCCUGUGCUACCCGGACCCGGACCCGGACCCGGACCCGGAUCCGGACGGGCCCCAGCCCUGGCCAUAGCCGGAGGGCGUGGCGCAGGGGCGGGGCCUGCGCCAGCCCCGCCCCCGGAGCACUCAGCGUCCCGCCCCUCGGGACACGCGGAAGCUCCGGAUUUGCGCUCCAGGGACGCCGGCCCCACCCAUGGGCACUUCCGGGUGCCCCAGUCCUUGGCUUGGGGUGUGAUGGAGAGAAGUCAGAACUUCCUAAUUCUCACCCGUGCAGAGCAGUUGCCAAGGACCCUGCUAGUAUCUUGAGAAGAGAGAGACCUAGCUACUCUAGGGCCAGUUUUAACUCAGCAAGAACUGGGUGCCCAGCAGCACCUCCUACAUCCCAGAAGUUUUCAAAGUGUUGUGAGGACCAGUUGCUUUUCUUUUUCUUCCUCUGUUUUGAACUCUUUGAAAGAUGAAUAGUGUGUUCGAGUGGGCAAUGCCUAUUCAGUCCCUUAAAUCUGCUGUUAUCUCUUUUGCUGACCAACAUUUUAAGUAUGUUUUAUAAAUUGGUAUUACUUGGCUAUCCCAUCUUCUUUAUACCUUUUUAUAAAGAAGACAAUAUUUGUAACUUCACGUCACUCCAAUCCACACACGUUUAAUAUAUUCUGGUGUGUUGUUGACCUCCAGAGACGUUUUUUUAAAGAAUGUCUUCUGACAGUUGAUCAUUUGAAUUGAUAAAUAAAAGUGGUACAUUAAAAUCUAAAUUUU